AGUCAGUCUCUUGAGGCGGCUAUUUAUUCGAGGAAAACAAACUCUGGAGUUCUCUUCCAAAUCUCGCCUCACCCAGAAUAGAAGAAAGUAUGAGUCCUCACACGGCGAUUCAGUUCGACUAUGGCACCAAGAAGCUGACCUUUGGUGAGGUCACCAAGCCGGAGCUUUCAAGGCCCGACGAGAUUUUGGUUAAAGUUGCUUACUCUGGGAUUUGUGGCACUGAUCUGCACGUCAUUCAUGGCCAAUUUCCAUGCAAGAAAACGGCAUUUUCCCUCGGACACGAGUUUUCGGGAGUGGUCCAAGCUGUUGGCAAGGAAGUCACAUACUUGUCGGUGGGAGACAGAGUAGUUGUUGAUCCAAAUAGUGGUUGCGGUCACUGUGCCUCUUGUUGGAACGCCUCGUAUCACAGGUGUGAAAAUGUCAGUAGAACAAUAGGUAUUCUGACGGACGGCGGCUGGGCCGAGUUUUGUCUGGCGAGGAAAGGCCAGGUUUACAAACUGCCCGACUCUGUCACCCUGAAGCAAGGUGCUCUUUGUGAGCCGAUGUCGUGCAUCGCCCAUGGCUGGAGCAGACUCGGCGCGGUGCCGCACAACAGCAAAAUCUUGAUUUUGGGCGCCGGCAUCAUCGGCAACCUGUGGGCGUGCUUGUUCCACUUGAAUGGGCACAGGGGCAAUGUCACCAUUAGUGAGCCGCAGGAGACCAGACGAAAAUUGGUCGAGAAACUGGAGCUUGGAUACACUUUGACCUCUCCUACUGACCUGGCAGCCACUAACCCUGAGUUUGACCUGGUGGUCGAUUGCAGUGGCUUUGCCCCGGCCAUGCAACAGGCGUUCCAGUGGAUAAAAAUGGGUGGAAAAAUGAUGAUCUUUGGAGUCGCCAACCCCACUGCCGUUAUGGAGGUUUCUCCCUACGACAUCAUGAAGAAGGAGUUGACCAUUCUCGGAGCACUGACUAACCCUUUCACAUUCCCAGAAGCGAUUGCCAUCUUGGAGAUGAUGGGACCAAGAUAUCUGGAUUAUGAUAGACUGGGGGUGAAAUCUUUUCCUUUAAGUGGUUACGAAGAGGCGAUGAGGAAUUUGGAAAAGGCAACUGUUGCAAAAGCAGUUUUUGAGAUAAAUCCUGAAAAAUAAAUAUAAAACUUAUAUUCGUUUUCACUUUAAUUAACUUA